AUGGCGGUGGGGCUCCGCGGGCGAGGAGCCUCGGGGAAGGGGCUGACCGCGGAGGCCCCAGCGACAGCAGCACCCGUGGCAGCCGGAUCCCGCCGCUUCCUGCUCUGUCUCUACCUGGUCGGCUUUCUGGACUUGUUUGGUGUCAGUAUGGUUGUUCCUUUGUUGAGUCUCCAUGUCAAGUCCCUUGGAGUAAGUCCUGCAGUUGCUGGAGUGGUGGGUUCCUCCUACGGUGCUUUGCAGCUCUUCUCCAGCACCUUUGUGGGUUGCUGGAGUGAUGUGGUCGGAAGAAGGUCCUCCUUGCUGGUGUGCAUUCUGCUCAGUGCUCUGGGUUAUCUCCUCCUUGGAGUAUCCACCAACGUGUUCCUGUUUACGCUGGCUAGAGUCCCUGUGGGUGUUUUUAAACACACCCUCUCCAUCUCCAGGGCACUUCUUUCUGAUCUGGUCGCAGAGAAAGAGCGGCCACUGGUGCUGGGAAGGUUCAACACAGCCUCAGGUGUAGGCUUCAUCCUGGGUCCCAUGGUUGGUGGGUAUCUGACGGAACUGGAUGGUGGGUUCUACUUGACAGCUCUUAUCUGCUGCUCUGUCUUCCUUCUCAAUGCCGGUCUCGUUUGGCUGUUACCUUGGAGAGAAACAAACAUCAGCAGUGCAGGGAAUGGUUGGAGCUCAGAUCAGAAGCGUGCUACAGCAUCACGGAAACCGGAAGGUGCACUGCAGGGAGCAGCCACCACCCCCCCUGAGGCCAGGGGGAAUGAGGAGCAAGGGCAGAGGCCCUGGGUCGGAGUCACAUCCGCCUUGAAGGACGUGAAGAGCCUCAUAUUUUCUGCGCUGUGGGACAUAUUUCUUGUGCGCCUGCUGAUGGGGGUGGCGGUCAUGCUGUACUAUAGUAAUUUCGUCUUGGCCCUGGAGGAGCGUUUUGGGGUGCGGCCCAAGACCACAGGAUACCUCAUCAGCUACACCAGUGCGCUGGGUACCCUGGCUGGCUUCGCCGUGGGGCCCAUUCUACGGCUGUACAAGCACAACUCGUACAUGGUCCUGCUGCAUUCCAGCGUAAUCACCUGGCUGCUGCUCCUGCUCUACUCCGCGGCCCGCACCAUGGAUGUGGUGGUCUUCUCCUCCACGCUUCUGUCCUUCUCCACCAGCAUCGGGAGAACGUGCAUCACUGACCUCCAGCUGAGUGCCGGCGGGGCCCAGGCCAGUGGCACCGUCAUAGGUGUGGGCCAGUCUGUGACUGCCGUGGGCCGCAUCAUUGCCCCUCUCCUCUCAGGGCUCGCCCAGGAGAUCAGUCCCUGUGGACCCCCAAGCCUGGGCGCUGCUUUAGCCCUGGUGGCUAUUUUAAUCAUGUCACUGAACAGACCACAUCCCAGUGAGGAUGGGAGUACGGAACUCAAAAGGGAAUAGGGUGGGCUGGGACCA